UACUGGAAUUUAUUAUCACGAUGGAAGAUGCACUUUUGAGUUAAAUUUUCGUCCUCCAUUUGGAUACACCUUAUUUAUUCCUACCAUGGUUACAGUGGGUAUGCGCUGACGUAUAUUGAGAUAUUUGUGAUAUAUAGUUUACAAAUUUUAUUUUAAUUCAGGCUUGGAAGGAUCUCAAAUGGCAACGUCAGACAGCGAAGAUUUUGAGAGUGCAGAUGAAGACCCAGAAAUUCAGAUUGAUCACACUGCAUUGCAUUCUACAAAGGAACAGAAAGAACCAGAGAAAUCUUCAACAACAAAUGAAUCCAAUGACAAUAGACAAAAGAAAGAGCCUGAUGAGUUAUUAAGGAAUGAAAUUGGAAUUGGAGGAACGUUUCAAACGUCAAAAGACCCUACUAAUGAUAAAACCGAUACAGAGGCCUCAGAUAUUAAUAAUACAACUGUGAAAACCAUUGAAAACAAAGCUGUUAAGUCACCUAGUGUUUUACCAUCAAGAGGAGGAAGCAAUAUAAAUGGUUCAGAUGAAGCUGUUACAAAAGAUAGACAACCAAAGAAAUGUGUAAAGAGGGAGCAAAAGCCAAGGGAACCAAAAUCUGGGGGUUCAGCAAGAAAGCUUGGUACAAAAAUUUCUCAGAAUAUUUUAUGUACAGGUUUGGAAAGUGAGUCUGAGAAAGUAAAGCAAGAUUUCUUUGCAUCAGAGAAGACCUGUAACCAGGUUGUUGGUGAUACUCAUGACAAGGAUGAAAGAAAGACUGUUACAGUUUCUCCAUACAAAAUGGAUAAUACUGCUCAGGAAAUAGAGAAGUUGACUCUUGAGGAGAGUAGUGAACAUAAUAUUGCACCAGUUUUGGAUAAGUUGUCACAAUCUGCAUCAGAAAAGGAAACAGAUUCUGAUUCUAGCUGGGGAGGAUGGGGCAACUGGGGAAUGACCUCAUUAUUGUUCACAGCGACAGAGAGUGUAUCAGCUCUGACAACACAAGUAUCACAGGGCCUGGGUACUGUUUUGGAGGCAGGCAUUGGUGCUCCAGAUCCAGAGAUGCUGGCUCAGCUUGAAAAGGAGGAAGAACUGAAGCUACUUCAAGAAAAGAAACAGAAUGAAGCAAACGAAUUUUCAGAGUUGCAACGUGAAGAAGAACAGAAAGCUGUGCCUUCAGGUUUGUUUGGGUUUAGUCAUCUCAUCUCUGGUGUGUCGUCGAUAACAAGACUAGUUGAAACCACAGGAAAUAAAGUUCUGACUGGGGGUUUGGACACCCUUGAGACCAUUGGCAAAAAGACAAUGGAAGUGCUGCAAGAAGGUGAUCCUGGCUUGAAGAAGAAGAGAGCUUUAUUUUCAGAAAAAAUUGUUCUCUCACAGGUCCUUAGAGAAGCGAAGGAGAAAGCUGAGAAAGAGGAUCAGGAAAUUGAAGACAGUCAAGCUGCAAGAAAAGCACAUUUUGAAACACUGUUUGAUGAUUAUCAAGGUCUGGUACACUUAGAAGCUCUGGAGAUGUUAUCAAAGCAGUGUGACAUUAAACUGCAGUCCAUACUGUUGACUAGCAGUGGGACUGCCCUCAGCCAGCUGCAGCAGUCUUUGCAAGAAGUGAAGGACAUAUGCCAGCUCCCUGAUGACGAAGACACAGAAGAAGAUGAGAGUGAUGCUGUCGACUGGAGGAAGAGGCUGGAUAAUGCGGUAAAGGGGCUUGGUGUCCCUAUUGCUACUGAAAAACUGAAUAAGACAUGGGAAAUGGCACAUGGUUGGGUAGAAAACUGUUGUUCCAACCAGAAAUCCUCCAAUAAUGUUGAAGUUAUUAGUGCACGUGAUAUUCAUCAGAAAGCAAUAGCAACUCUGGCACAGCUUACAGCUGAAUCUGUUGAACAGUUCCACAAAGCUGCUGAGCUACUCCUCGUUAAAGAUGACCGGAGUCCCACGGAAGAAGCACAAACUUUGCUGCAAGUUACGUCUGUUCUUACCUCCGAAGUAAGUGCUGUGGCCACCCGCUUCUCUGAAUGCCUAAAUGCUGCCGCAGAAAACUCAAUGGACCCUGUUGCAGUUAACGCACUGAUCACCAGUGUGUUUCUCGAGGCAGCUAACAGCAGCUCAUAUAUCCAGGAAGCAUUCCAACUCCUGAUACCUGUGCUGGAAGUUGGAUUGACAAAAUAGGUUGUGUUCCAAGUGCAUAAGCAGAAACAGUUUGAUAGAUUUGUUUCAUACAUUCUGUAUAUGUGUGUAGUCUAGGAGCAUACAAUGUUUUAAGGGCAGUGGUUGGUUGUCUGAAUUUACUCCUAGUUUCCUUACCUGGUUGUUGUAGGGCUUUAGUGAAGUUAAUCUUUUCACUGCUGUUCAAGUGUCCUGUCCUGCCAACGAGGUUGUGAUAGGUGUGGUGAAAUAGGUAAGAAAAUAUGGCGAGUGUUAUGAAUUGGAGAAAAGCUGAAAUAUGUGCGUGUGUAUACAUAUGUCUUUAACAUUCUUCCAAUCUCUGUAACUUUGGGUGUGUAGUUGAAUGUCAAUGUUAUUUUCUGAAUCAUCCCAUAUUUAUGUAAAUUCUAAUCUGUACUUACCUGUGUAUAAUUAUAAUUCUUUUGUGUUA